GCACGGUUUCCUUGUCAAUGGGGAAUGAGAGUGUGUAUGUUACGGAGUGCGGAAUCUCGUGUCUGUAUAUUAUUAGGAUAAGUUGGGAACUCAAUGUGGAACUUAUUCAACUCCGGACUUAAUGUGGGAAGGGUCUAACCCGGAUCAAAUUCGACGUUGUAUGGAGAAGUGGUGGAAAUGGAGCCGCAGGCUGUAGAUGGGACUUUAUACCAGUCACAGUGCAUCCAUGUGCAGUUACAAGGGGGAGCACCCUGGGGAUUUACCCUAAAAGGGGGACUGGAACACGGGGAGCCUCUGAUCAUAUCAAAGAUUGAAGAUGGAGGGAAAGCUUCAAUGUCUGAGAAGAUGCAAGUGGGAGAUGAGCUGGUGAAUAUUAAUGGAACGCCCUUGUAUGGCUCCCGCCAGGAAGCACUGAUCCUAAUCAAGGGCUCUUACAAGAUCCUGAAGAUGAUUGUCCGAAGGAGGAACGUUUCAGUUAUCAGACCACACUCAUGGCACCUUGCCAAGUUGUCAGAGGUCCAUCCGGAUGUGGCCAGUAUGCAGUACCCUACAGAUGCCUUUAGUUUGUCGUGGCACUCUGGCUGUGAAAAUAGUGAACUUCCUAUACAGUGGAAUCCACUCUCCCGGCACUGCAGCACAGACAAAAGCAGCUCUAUUGGUAGCAUGGAAAGUCUUGACCAGCCAGGACAGAAUUACUACGAGGGAACACUGUCUCCAAUUGACCCCGGGAUGUACCAAAACAAAAGGGACUCUGCAUACAGUUCCUUCUCUGCCAGCUCUAAUGCUUCCGAUUCUACAGUGUCUGCAAGGGCAGAAGAUCCUUCUCCCAUGGACUGUAUCCUGCAAGGACUGGGAACUUCCAAACUGACUGAUGGGAGGUAUCUCCAAACAGGUCAGGGUCCUCAAGAAGAACUUUGUAGCCAAACAUUAGCUGAACAUUCGCAAAGACCUUCCUCCUUUCCGUAUGAUACAAAUAGCAUUAUCAAAUCUCCUCCACUACCACCUGUCAGGAGGGACAGUCUACGUGCUUCUAAAAGUCAUCUUAGCCAUACUGCGAAAAGAAGGGCUUCAGCUCCAGGGGACUCUCUGCAAAUGUCAGGAAGGUGGACUUCAGACAUCCAACAGUACAAAAGCUGUGACCCCAUGGGGUGCCAGUGUGGUUUAGGACUUUGCACUGUACAUCUAAAGGAGAGCUUAUUGUCUGAUCAGUAUUACAUGCUGAGUUCACAGAGUGAUAGGGCCUACCAAAGCACUGACAAGACCACCAUGAUUGAUAAGGAAAGCAAAAGCCAUUGCACUGAGAGCCAAUACAGAUGGUCAGAUGAUAAAAGAGACAAAGAGCUGAUAAGUCAUAAUGUGGUAGCAGGGGUAAAAUGCUGCACUGAGGAACAGGCCAAAGAAGCACCGUCUAACAGCUCUCACUGUCUGUUUCAGAAAUCUUCUUGUUCACUUUCUUUAAACAAUGAAAAUUCAGAUAUGCAGACUAUGUUUCAUAGUGAUGAGUGGACUAUGACUACAUCAAAAGAGAAUUCUCUGCAUCCAACAAAAAAAUUUAAUGGAGAAAAUACUAAAGAAAAUAAAUGCAAUAAUCAUAUGGAUUCAGGUGUCUCAGGAGGUAAAUUGGAAGGAAGAUCAAGUGAUUUUGGCAAUUUCAAUACCAAUACAAAUAAUAUAGUUUUGACAACACAGCAUGGGGCUUCUUUUGAAACUUCUGCCAGUGAGUCUAAAAAACAUGAAAUACAGCCUGGUUUGCAAACAGUGAAUUGUACAGAUGUUUUGGUGGAAGAUAGCGAGAGGCCAGUAAAGAAGCCAGGAUCUUCACGCAGUCGCUCAGCUCAAAUGAGGAGGAAGAGUGACAGAUUUGCCACCAACCUAAGAAAUGAGAUACAGCAACGGAAGGCACAGCUGCAGAAAAGUAAGGGUUCCUCAAUGCUGCUUUGUGGGGAAGAACCAGUCGAGGAGAGAGAAGAGCCCGCUGAACAUCUAUCUCCUCCUCGGCCUGUUCCUCCACCCCCACCCCCUAAAAACAAGUCACGGUUGUCAGAAAUCAAAAAAGCAAAUCCUGAACGUUUUGGAAAGUGUAUGGACAUUCCGGACAUGGAGUUAAAAAAGCACACAAUUACUGACAACAAUGGUGGACUUAAACCCAGUCACCAAACAAACUCGGUGGAAAAUACAUUACACGCAAGAAUGAAUCCUGUGACAGGGGAGGGUAAAAUUUUAAACUCUGCAGGCCAUAUAGAGGAUGACAUCAGAAAAGUAGAUUCUACCAAUUUCUUCCAUGAUGACUCAUUAACGCAUGAACACAAUUUGCCAGCAGUCAAUCACAAAAACUUUGAACAAGGAUUUGAAAAUCUUAAAAGUGCUGCCCAGAAACUGGUCUUAAGACAAGACGAUACCUGGAAUGAUAAUGAGACAUCAACUGGAAAAGCCACAAGUGGGAAUCAUGAAACCUCAGAAAUGAUGGGCACUGUAAUAGAAUAUGUGACUGAGUGCAAAGGGGUUGCUGUAAAGUGGAACGAACACAGGGAUUCUCCAAUCCAAGAUAUAAAGGAUCCCAAUGAAUUGUGCAGGGACAAUUUAUGCCAAAGCAAAAAUAAAGGGCCUUUGACUGAAAAACUUCCAAGAGACUGCAUUGAAGAUACAAGUCAGUAUAAGAGUCAUGUGCAUUUAAAUUCAGACAUCCAAAGAAAUGCCCAUCAAUAUAAUGGAGAACUUCCACAGUCAGAUGGGUCUUUAAAUGAGGGCUGCAGAACAGGUUCCCUUGAGAUCGUACGUGAUGAGCAGCAGUUCCAAGAGGUAAAGUCACAUGAAAAGGGAAUGACGGCUGAUUCUUCUUUGGCUUCUCUAAAACUGAAGUCUACCCAUUCUUCUUUGGAUUUUGAAGAUCACCUUUCCAAGCAUAUGCCAAGUUGGACUUGGUCUGCAGAACAUAAACUGCAACCUAACAUGCAUUUAGUUAAGGAAAGUCCCCCAGAUGCUAAGCAUGUUGAGGGUACAAUUCCUUCCAUCACACAGACUACAGAGGAGAAUGUUUUGAUGCCUUUUGCUGAUAGAAGGAGAUUUUUUGAAGAUACCAGUAAGCCCCCCAAGUCUUCUCACACUUCUGCCCACAUGAAAGCAAUGACCCCUGACCCACCUAUCUCACAGGUAGUUUCUGAUGUAAGAAGGCACUCUAUAGACCAUGCCUAUUACCCAUCCUCUCCCAGCAGGCAAGACAGUGCUGCACAUUAUGCUGAGUGCUGUGUAAAUCAUCCUGUAGACCCACCGUUGUGUUGUAAUCAAGGAGGACAUUCAGCUGAAUAUCAUCACCCAAUGGUGUAUGGAUGUAGAUUCCAUGAAUCUUGUAUGUAUUGUUCCACUGACCUGUGUCCUGCUUUACUCAAACGGAAUAUAUCUGUAAACCACCUCAGUUGUCAUUGUCACCACCACCAUCACCAUCAUCACCAGUGGACAAAAUGCAGUGAUUAUUUAUGUCCUGUCCAGCAUAGCACAAUUGAGGAUGGUACUUCCAUACAUGGUGACCCAUGGCAUAUAAGGAGACCAGUUUUGCAGGAAGCACCAUUAAAAGAAUGGAACCAACAACUGAAAAUCAACAGGAAAUGCAGCCAGUCUGUGAGUGAACUUUGCCACUAUAACUCUGGACCAGUGAGACCAUGUUGUGAAAGUGGUGAACAGGAAUGGCCACCGCAGUACUACAGGACUGUGUCAUCCUAUGACCUUUCCUGCGACCAUUCUCUUAGGCCUAUAGAGUUACCACCUUUCCAGGAUGGUUCUCGGGAUCCUGGAUUACCUCGUGGAAGAACAUAUUCCGUGAGCCAGCUGAACUUGGAGUGUAUGUCCGUGAAGGACAGGAGAGAGACACCUCUGUCAAAAUUAGAAGAGAAGCAUCUUCAAGUCCCGACAAAAAAGAAAGGACCUCCUCGCCCACCUCCUCCAAAUUGGGAAAAAUACAAGGAGCGUAGAACUUCUCACCAAGCCACAGGCUCUGGCCUGUCUACUUCUAAAGCAAUUGCUUCUGUUUCAGAUUAUAACCCAAGUAUAGAUGUUGCAAGACAACGUUCUCAAAGUCUGCCCAUGAAUAGGGCAUUUUUAAAAAUCACUGAGCCCUCAUCACUAUCCUCAUGUGAACAACUUAACAGUGGUGAUUACGAAUCCAAGUCCUUGGAGUUAAACACGGGUCUGCAAGAGUCCCAAGAUCUUCCUGGCAUUGCUUCUAAAUGCUGUCAUAGCUCAAAGUUGUAUUCAAAUACAGAUUGCCAGGUCACACAUGGUGACCCACCAGCAGCCAAAACGGAAACUUUACCUUCUGUGCCUAGAACAACUCUGUGCAAUCAGGAUCUUCCUAAUGAAGGGGAACAGUUAAUAAAUGCAGAAGGACUUGUAUCAGCUGUUGCAGAAGACCCUGAAGAUAGUGGUUUUCAUCUCAAGCACCCGUUACUGAGCCAUGCCACAGAUAUUCCUGAAAGUGAGCAGUCUACAUUGUUAGAGGAGUUUCAGGGUGGCUACCGUCGCUAUGAGGAUGAUUGGUCAACAGACAGGGAGUCUGAAAUCUCCCUACCAGACAGGUAUGAAUUCCAACCCAUCUCACCACCACCCGUGUGUGAUGCAGUUAGUCCAACCUCCUGUGCCACAUAUUACAACACAUCUGCCGCUAAAGCUGAGCUGUUAAAUAAAAUGAAGGAUCUUCCUAAUGUGCAAGAGGAAGCAGGAAAAGCAGUGGGAGUCGAGGAAGAGGAGGACGAACUGACCGUGAGGAAGAUGCAACUAAUAGACAGUAUCAGCAGGAAACUGUCUGUUCUUCAUGAAGCCCAGCAAGACCUCCAGGAAGAUAUUAGUGCUAACACUACCCUAGGAAGUGAGAUAGCUGAGCUGCUUAAGAGCCUUUGCAAGCCAAAUGAGUAUGACAAGUUUCGGACCUUCAUUGGAGACCUUGAAAAAGUGGUAAAUCUUUUGCUGUCUCUGUCUGGACGUUUGGCAAGAGUGGAAAGUGCCUUGAGCAGUGAAGAUCCGGAGCCCUCCUUGGAGGAGAAGUUAAGCCUUCUUGAGAAGAAGAAGCAGCUGAAUGACCAAUUGGAGGAUGCAAAAGAACUCAAAGCACAUGUCACUCGAAGAGAGCAAUUGGUUCUUGAAACCAUAUCUCGAUACCUUAAUGAAGAUCAACUCCAGGACUACCAACACUUCGUUAAGAUGACAUCUGCACUAAUUGUUGAACAGAGGGAACUGGAGGAUAAAAUCCGCUUGGGAGAGGAACAACUGAGGUGUCUGAAAGACAGCAUGUAGUUAGAAGAACAAAAAACCUAUUCUUCAUGAAGAAACUGGAUUUCAAAUACAAAUAAUUGAUUACUUUACCUACACUUUGCAGUAUUCCAGUAAAAUACAUAAAUCUUAUUUUAUUUUUGCUUUACUUACAUUGUAUAGCUUAAAUUGCAACUGGAACCUCAUUGUAGAAACUUAUGCAAAUUUCUUAUAUUUUUACAUAAUACAAAAUCUGGGAAAUUCCUAAUAGAGGCUAGGCACUGCUGUACUAAAUGCAGCUACCUUAAAGUUUAAAAUCAACCUUGUCAACGACAGAAUAGAUGAUGUAGUGGCAUUUUUGGUGUAAAACCGCCAAUGCAUUUUUUUUUUUUUUGUAAAAGGUCAUGUGUUUCUUGCUUUGUAUAUUUUUAAAAUUGUGAGUAUUUCUAAUGGAGACCAAUGUAUUGUCCCUGAACCCACU